AUGAAACUGGUAGUGCUUGAGCUUCUACUGGUGGUUGUUCUAGCGUCCACUGUCUCAGCAGAUAUCGGAGAGUUUUUCGAUAAUCUGUUUAGUGCCUUUAAGCCAGAGGAAGCAAAAACAGUCGACUUAUCCACAAAUGCAACCACUCAACAGAACUCAACGGAACUCGGCACCAGCACAGUACAGAUCGCAAAUCAGACGGAUACACUAAACUCCACAAACAAAACUUCAACUCCCACGCCAGAGAUUAGUGGAUAUGUGAACCUAACAACGACUACCAGUGCCAGGCUGGAAGAAAAUUCUAUUGCAAAGAGUCAGGCCGAGGUUACACCUGAAACCGGAGAAACUACUCCGGAAGAAGUAACGACAAACCUCGACACCACUAUCGAGAACGGAACUUUAAGCCCCACUCCAUCAACGACAACCAUCGCCGCCGAAGUAAACACAACAACGGUAGUCUACAAGCUGUUCCAUCCAAACACGACAACGACCACAGAACUUACUACGGCAGUAACAGUUGAAGCCACCCAUUCCACCGAGAAUGCCACGAACGCCACAACCUCGACGACCGAGCGAGCCGAAUUCAGCAACAAUGGAACGGGAGUUACUCUAUCAUCUGGAACAAAAAGAGACGUGUCUCUGGAGAUAGACGAAGCACCUCUACAUAUCGUGAAUAUCUCAUCUUCAACUGAAAAUUCUUCCCAUCUUGCACCACCUUUGGCAUCGUAUCGGUUGGCUAACGGGGUAUCCUGUAGCGUAACUGUUCCGGCAGGAACAAGCACGGUGAUCAUUUCAUGCAAUGACUCCACAUUCAAUGCCAGCAGUACAAACCCAUCAAACAGCACAGAGUCUGCAUCUCCCAGCAGUACUCCCGUCGAGCAUAAGAUCAAAAAACGAGAUACCAGUUCCAACGAAAGCUAUCCACCCAGCAGUGCAGUCAGCGACGAUGAUGGUGAUGUUCCGUUGUUCUGGGACAGCGGGGAGAGUGUUGAAAAUGGUUACUUCACCGACGGAGGUGACGCGGUUCCUGACACAACAAUUAUCACCAGCCAGCAGUAG